AUGCGGGGACCACGGCCAACCGUGGAGCGGCUCGACCAGCCGAGCGCGUACUUUGCAAGCAGAAACAAACGCAGGCGACUCGAGAGGGAACAGCGCGAUGGAGACGGCGAUACAAACACGCAGAAUGACCAGUCCGAAGAGGACCCGCUAAAGAACGCCACGACUCUUUAUGUUGGCAACCUGUCCUUCUACACCACCGAAGAACAGGUCUACGAGCUCUUCUCCAAGUGCGGCGAGAUCAAGCGACUAGUGAUGGGCCUCGACCGAUUCAACAAGACGCCCUGCGGGUUCUGCUUCGUCGAGUACUACACCCACCAGGACGCGCUCGACUGCAUGAAGUACAUUGGCGGAACGAAGCUGGACGAGCGCAUCAUCAGGACGGAUCUGGAUCCGGGAUUCACAGAAGGCCGACAGUACGGCCGUGGAAAGUCGGGAGGACAGGUGCGCGACGAGUACCGCGAGGAUUACGACGAGGGCCGCGGCGGUCUCGGGCGGGCCCUCCAGGCGCAGCGGCAGAGGGCCAUGUCGAGGGAGUAUCAUGAGGAUGACUAUGGACGUUUGAGGUAG